AUGGACCCGGAGGAGCCGGCGCUUGCUUUCUGGGGGGGGUUUCUUUCCGUAGCGGCGCCGACAUCUCGUCACUCGUUCCGUUACAGCGGGGCUCGACCCCCUCCUUCGGGGCAGACGGUGCCGGAGAGUGCCAGUGUGGAGGAGGAUGAGGAGGAGGAGGGAGAGGGGGACGCGGAUGAGGAUAAUGAGGGGAGCGGGGAUGACAGCGAGGCUGGGUGGGACCCAGAGACGCAUGGCAGUGGGGAGGGGGGAGAAGAUGACGAAGACCACGAGAUGGAUGGGUUGGAGCCAGAGGGGCGGGAGGAGGAGGUGGGAGAGGGUGGUGGAGGGGCGGCAACCGAGGCGGGAUCACAGCUUGUCCGUGAAGGGGGAGGGAGCGUGGGGGUUAAGGUGGGGAAAAAGGCCGUGACCAUUAAGGCCCCAAUGCAUAGAAAGAGAGCGAACAAGUUGAGGGAGCGGGCGUAUCCAUUCACGUUCACUGGGGAGCCCUUAGGAGAGGGUGUGAUUGCUCCGGAGUUCCUAGAUGAGGACGGCGGGUCCGAGAGUAGUAUGGGGACUGGCAAGGGGGGUAACAGGAAACCGGGGUGGCAAGUGCACAUGUUCGGACCGAAAGGGGCAGACGAGAAGCGUCAGUGCAAGAUUUGCAUUGACAAGAUUUCGUGGAAGCAGUCCACAACCACACCCGGCGAGCGGCACUUCGCGAGCCACCACACAGCGCACAUGCACGUAUGGCAUCACCGUUACCACACCCCGUCCCUUCAUUUGCCAGGGGAGACGUUUCCACGAGGGGGCUACAAGGGCGUGCCGGAUGGCUACGUACAGCAGUGGGCGCAUGCCAAGUCUUGGCCGCAUCUCCCCAAGAAGAAGGGGAAGGCGUCUGAUGGCGGACCAGGGUCAGCGUUUCGGGAGCUCCUGAUCCUGCUGAACCGCAAUUGUGCGCAGAAGAACUUCAUCCCUUCGCGCUGGACGGUUUCCCACGACACUGUGGUCUAUGCGGCUGCCGCUCUUCAUGUUAGAGACUAA